AUGUUACGUGGCAAUCACACAGAGAUCACCGUCCUCACUCCAGACCACGUUGGCUACCCCAUCGGUGAUGACGAGGAUAGCGGUUAUGUGAUCAUGGAGAUGCACUACGACAACCCUCAGCUGGCAUCAGGUAUACAUGACAGUUCGGGGCUGAGGCUGACAUACACGCCCGAGCUGAGGGAUAACGAUAUGGGUGUCCUGCUGGUUGGAGUGGGGGUGAAUAAAUACCACGUUGUGCCGCCUCACGCUGAGGCGUUCGUGUCAGCGGGAUUUUGCAAUUCAAGAUGCCUAAGCGCGUUCCUUGAGGAGCUCGGACAGCCCAUACACAUCGUCGGCGUAAACCUUGCCACCCGACCGCUGGGGGUGAAGAUAAGCGCCCGGGUGAUCCAUAAUGGCACGGAAACCGAGAUCGCGCGAGAAGACAAUGUACUUUAG